UCUGAGCUCACUUCCGUCGGCUUGAGUCGGAUCACUAUUCUCCAGUCUCUCACCGCUUUUGUUCUCCCAUUUCCAUCCAGGCAGCGCUGCUGAAAAGACGGAGCCAGCCGGUUGGGGAAGCCACAAACACGCAAAGUAGCGGACUCGUCUUUCGCAGAGACACCCGGUAGCCACAUGCAAAGCGCCGUCUGCACAGAGGAUACGCGGCACUCCGUAGUUACAUAACUGGACUACUUUUUUUUCUAUCAUUGUUGGGGGUUUUUUCACGCUUUUUUUUUUUUGUUGCACCGAAACUGACUCCCCCCCUCUAAACUCAAAAUGGAGAACGACGACAAAUACCUCCCCGAGCUGCUGGCGGAGAAGGACAGCCUGGACUCGUCGUUUACGCACGCCAUGAAACUUUUAAACGCAGAAAUUGAUAGAAUCCAGAAAGGCGAGACUAAAAAGGAGGCAGAAGCAUACCUGGACCUUUUCACAACAAAGAACAUCAAACUUAAGGAGCGAGUUCUCAUACCUGUCAAACAGUACCCGAAGUUCAAUUUCGUGGGGAAGAUUUUGGGACCUCAGGGCAAUACAAUCAAACGUCUUCAGGAAGAGACUGGAGCCAAGAUCUCUGUGCUCGGCAAGGGAUCCAUGAGAGACAAAGCCAAGGAGGAGGGGCUGAGGAAAGGCGGCGAGCCCAAGUACGCGCACUUGUCUAUGGAGCUGCACGUGUUCAUCGAGGUGUUUGCCCCCGUGCCCGAGGCCUACCUGCGCAUGGCCCACGCCAUGGAGGAGGUCAAGAAGUUCCUGUUUCCUGAUAUGAUGGAUGAUAUCUGCCAAGAGCAGUUCAUGGAGAUGAGCUACCUGAACGGAGGCCAGGAGCACGGAGCCCGAGGCCGAGGGGGCAUGCCGGUCAGGGGCCGCGGAGUCCCCCCUGCUGGAGCACACAGGGGAAGGGGGAUGCCUCCUCGCGGCGCUUCUGCCAGGGGAGGUGUGACUCGAGGCGGCCCAGGCAGGGGUGGCGCAGUGAGGGGUGCACCAGGAGGCCGAGGAGGACUCCCCGCAGCACCCUCCAGGGGAGCUGCGGCACCCCGCGCCAGGCCCCCAGCUGCCGGACCUCCACAGAGGAUGGCGCCUCCACCGCCCCACCAGCACACCCCUGCUACAGCCCCAGAGAGCUACGACGAAUAUGGCUACGAUGAGAGCUACACAGACGCGGCCUACGAGUCAUACGACAGCUAUUACAGUCAGCCGCAGGCAGAGCCAGAAUACUACGACUACGGACACGGAGAGACCACAGACUCAUAUGAGUCAUAUGGCCAGGAUGACUGGAACGGGACCCAGCAAUUAGGCCCAGGGAAGGCCCCUCCCCCCUCCAGAGGUGCCAAGACGCCUUACCGGGAGCACCCAUACCGACAGUACUGAAGCGGACUCGCCACCCUUAACGUGUCGCCCUGACUACCGCCUGUCUACCACGGCAGCUCUUGCUUUAAGCAGCCCGACAAAAGUAAUUGUCCGUUUUGUCUUUGGUUUGGUCUUUUCCUACACCGGACUUUAUACGAGAGAGCAAAUUCGGAACUGAAAAUCUGAACUGGUUUUUGAGAUUUGACCGCAAACCCCCCUCCCCCACCCCUACUUUGUUGCUCCAACCAACCAACCAACCAACCAACCACCCACCCACC